AUGAACAAUUACGACCCGUCAACCGGCCAAGUCUUUCGAGAAUGGACAAUCCCAGGUCGACUCAACGCCAGCUCCAGCCAUGACUGGUCACGGAAGCGGCCGUAUCCCUUGUUUAAAACUCGAGGCGCUCGAGGUCCGCGGUCUCUGAUGGACAUGGCGAUUAAUGUCAUCGCUGAUAAUAUUGGCGAUGUAUCCGAGGAGUUGCUAGGGUCUAUGCCUACUCAGCUGGUCUGGCGCAUCUGGCGCUUUUUGGAGGCAAGAGGUGUAAGCCUUCAUGCUUGGAAACUCUUCUCUGCGAUAUUGCUACGCGAAGACGAUGAAAAGAGCCUUGGGCUUUAUCGGUUUCGACAACACAUUUGUCAUCCAGACGUAGGCCUCGAAAACUACACCAAGCCCCUGGCAUCUUUGACGACAGAUUUCAUCACUCACCUCGUAAUCAGUGGCGGUUGUCACUUUCAGGCAUCUGAGCUGGUCCGCUUAGCAGAUAUGAAAAAUCUAGGAGUUCUGGAGCUCAUCCAACCUGCGGAUGAGACGGGCGGCGAUUUUCCAGAUGUGACCGACAACCUUAUCCGCGGCUGGACUGAAGCGGAGAAUCCUUUCCCCUUGCUGAGAAUCCUGAGGAUCUGGGGCGACCGGUCUACUUCGAAAAACUCCCUCCGCUGGGUGGUCAAGUUUCCCUCAUUGGCGUUAUACGAUGUCAUGGGCGCGAAAAAGGGCUGGGAUCCUCCACAUAAAGAGGCAGCGGAGGCCGGGUGGGAAGUAACGGAUCUCUCGGGCGGUCAAGAGAAUUCAUUGCUACGGAACCUGAUGCUCUUAGUCCCAGACGAGCAUGUCAACAAGACACGAGACUCGAUUCGAAGCGUCGAUGCUGAUUUGGUGACGCUCUGCAGCGAUUCUCAGUGCGCCAUCAAGUUCGUUUCCAAUCGGGAGGCGCCGCCUCUGCUGGACUAUCUUACAGACACAGGCAAAGUGUAUCUGCCCUCCUGGGACCCAGACGCGGCGUCGAGGGAAGCAGGAGCUUGCCACGGCAUUGCGUUUGAGGCAUGGGCAUUUUGGCUGUACUCGUUCCUUGGCCAGCUCAGCAACGACAUAGACGUGGCUAGCCAGGGACUGUCAGUAGACCAACAGGCUGUAGCUGGUCCGUUUGUACUGCCUUCACGGCCCAUGGCAUGUGUAUUUCUGGGCCACAGUGGGCGAGGAGGCAUUACCUCCAAGCCAUCCUAUGACGAGGCAAAAGCCAAGCAGGCUUUCGCAAAUGGGCUUCGACCGGGGGUAUACCGGCCGGCGCAGAAGAGAAAGCAGCUGCAUGAUGUACUGCAGUCGCUAGCUGGGUGA